GUUUGCUGGCGAUUGGUUGCUCGGACCAUGAAGUUUGCGAUCCUCGCCGUGCUUGUCUUACAGGUGGAAUGGGCUUUGCCUUGCACCUUCCAACGAGAGGAUGUACUGCGAGGUGCACAUUUCAGGACUUACUUCGUCAGCGAAGCUGAAUGCUUUGCUAGGUGCCUCAACCACCAGCAGAAAUGCACAGGCUUUUGCUAUAGGCAGACUGGUCAGCAGUGUAAUCUACUCGCUGGUGGUGACGUGGAACAAUCUUACCCUGCUGCCCAAUGCUACUCCCUUCACCGCAACUCGGUGAAACCGCCUCAUUACACAAGAAAACUGAGUUUCAUCAAAAAGGAAUCGAGAUGGGUGGUUGCGUAAUGCUUCAUAAGGGGAAAGCAAGUAGCUGAUUGAGAUUUUGGGUCAGCACCGACGAAAUGUAGUUAGUUGCAG